GUGACUUUUCAAUUACAAGGUUACGGUCGAAUGCGGGUAUUUUGAGGUCAGUGUUUACUGAUUGCACUGAGAUGAGUAGUUUCCCAUCACUGGAAUAUCGGUCACUAAAAAGAAAAGAACACUGUCCCCCAGAUGUUUAUUGUCAAAGGAGUGAACAGAAAGAAGAUUUGAUGUGUGAGGAUUUCGUCAAAGACGGUUUUAAAUACACUAAACCAGUACGUGAUGAAUACGAAUCAUGUAAGGAGGAAAGUCGGUUUUUAAAUUCAGACGCUGUUUGGAGCUUUUAUUAUAAUGUUAUGUUAAAGAAGUAUGAGUGCUCUAACUUUCAAGAUUUUAAGAAACGUCAAACCACUAAUAUCCGUGAUACUGUUAUUCCGGCUAUUGAUAUGUACAAAGAACAGGUUUGCGACUGGUUUAGAGAGCUUUCCAGCAACGUUCCGCUGCAAAACCUUGGACGUCGUGUGCCUUUUUUCAAAGAUAAAGAAGAACUUUUACAUGAGUUGCUUUCAAACAAAGUUCCUAUUACUCGAGCAUUAUGGUUUAUUAAUAUAAGCGUCAUCCAGUCAACAGCAGUUGCUGAAACUGCAAAGAAAAAGCCAAGAGCACCUCAGGAUCCUACUGCCGACUGGUCGUCUACGCUCUGUCGCCUGCUUUCGCGUUCAUUGGAGCCAAUUUAUGCACCCGUUAAGCAUAAUGAACUCAUAUCACUCUUUAAUGAUUGGGAUUAUCUCUUUUCGCUGCUUUUAGCUAUGUAUGAUUCGGACAUGGCAGACCACUGGGAAGUCAUACUCUGGCUAAUUAAGGCUGCAGAAAGUGUUAAUGAACAAAUUCGUGGACAAUCGUCACCCUCAACAGUUGCUUUAUCACCUUCAGAUCGUUCAGCACUUUCUAGCAAAUGUGCUUCUGAUUUCCCCCUGAAGUUUAUUUUGCAUUACCUCAUUAAGUUUGGACGUCGGUUUACUGAGAGUGAAUUGCUAAUACGGAGACUACUUUACUGGUGUUGCACUACGUUUGCAGAUGUUGUAUUUGCUUGUACUGGAUCUAAAUAUUCUCCUUCUGUUGGUACAUUACAAAGUAUUUUAAAUGAGUAUAAGGAUUUAUGCACGUGCCCUCUACAUCAAAAUAUUUCCAUGUCACUGAGUAGUUUAAUUAUCUUCAUUGUAUUAAGCUGUCCGUCAGCUGCAGUGUGGAAUCCAAUACCUUUUGAUACUGAUUACGCUUAUUUUAAAGGAUCACCUCUUGAUCAUAUUCCACACUCGUUAGUUGCACUUCCUCUACCACUUGGGGAGGAAUCAACAUCGAUACGCAAGUGUUUGUCCGAAGUUGAGGAGGACAUAAUAAGACGUAGUCAGCUCGUUGAAUCCGGUUGGCUGAUUGAACCAUGCUCAGGAAAUAACGGCGAAAACAUUGAACGUCUUGUUCGUCUACUUGACAUUUUAGAUCGUCAUGAAUAUCAUUUAGUUCGUGAACCGAAUCCAAUGGAAUCUUUAUAUAAUCGUAUAUUCAAUGAUGAUUCAAUUCAUGUGGAUACAGCCAUUAUUGUGAUAACUUUAUGUGAAUGGGCUGUAUCACCAUAUCGUAUUGGAAUCUAUCGAUCAAUUAUAGUUGCAUGUCUUUUGGAACAGUUAAAAAAUACAUUCUAUGGAGAUAACAGUAUUAACAGUAGUAAUAUCAUUAAUAAAGAUACAGUAUCACUAUCAACAGCGCCAGUGAAUACAGUCUCAACUACUGGGAGCAAUGUUAAUGGUGUUAUGACAACAAUGACAGCAGUUACUACUACUGCUACUACCACCACUACUACCACUGCUAAUACUACUAGCGUGAAAAAUACUACUAAUAUUAACAAUAUGAAUAUAAUGAGUAGUCAAGCCUAUCAGUCUUUACAAGAAACAUUAAUAAAAUUUCUAGAUAACUGUACUGCACACUUACCACCAUUCAAUGGAGAACAAUCGUUAAUUGAAAAUAAUUUAAUGCGUAAUCUAGUCUGUUUAUUCUCGGAAUUAAUUGAUCGUGAAGUAUUUGAUCAUGAUAAUUAUGUGAGAUAUUUUAUUGCUCGUGGUGUUUUUGAUACAAGUUUACAUCCGUUAGCUUUGAUAGAUAAUACUAUGCAAAACAAGAUGAAUACUAAUCCAUUGUCCAUCAAUAAUAAUAAUACUAUUAACCAAUCUGUUAAUACACCAACAAAUAUAACACGUACUACUACCGGCGGUACCAAUAUGUCAACAGCAUCAAUUACAUGUCAUUCGCAAACAACAGCUCAACAUUCUGUCAAAUCGGAAUUCUCUGAAGAUAUGGAUCGUUAUAGUAUGGAUAAUCCAGAUUCUGUACGUUCAGAAUCUGGUAUUAUGAAUUUAAUGUCAUUACAAUCAAAUAAUAAUCAACCAAUCAAUCAUCAGUCAUUUUCAUCAUCGUCAUCAUUAUCAAAUAAUCAAGGAAUUACUAAUUCAAAUCGUCAUUUACAUUAUUUAGUACAAUUUCCUAUACCACAAGAUGAAAGUUAUGCACAUGAACAAAAUCAACGUUUUCAAUUAUUAUAUGGUUCUGUACGAUCAAGAGAUCGUGCAAGAUACCCUAUUCGUAAAUUAAUACGUGAUAUUUGUAAAUUGUUUACUAAGAAAAUUUAUUUAAUUGAUGUAUUUCAUGGUGAACUUGGUAGACGUAAAAGAAGUAAAGAUAGAGAACGUGAAAAAGACGUUAAUAAUAACAAUAAUACCGCUAAUAAUAAUAACGUCAACUCUAACAAUCUUGGAACAACACUUGGAUUAGGAUCAUUAGUUGGACAAUCAACAACUUCUGGAACAGGAACAUCUAAUAAUGGUAGUAAUGUUAUAGGGAAUGGAUCUAGUCAUCGUAGUGUUAGUAAUAAUAAUAGUAAUGAUGAAACACGAUCAAUUGAUGAAGUUCAUGAGGAUAUAACAAAACGUUUUAUUAAUUUAUCAUUUUAUGAUAUGGAAUAUGUAUUAUCUCAAUGUACUCCUGUAUUUGUUAAAAUGUUAAGUGGUUCUAAUUUUCAUUCAACUGUUAAUGCAUCAAAUGAUGAUAAUAAUAAUAAUAAUAACUCAAAUAUUACAUCAAUCAAUACAAAUUCACCAUUAUCAUCAUCAUCCUCUUCAACUAAUACUCAAAAUACUACUACUACUACUACUACUACUGUUAGUAGUAGUAAUAGCUUCGUUACUACCGUUAGUAACAAUAAUAAUAAUCCAUUAUCUAUGACUACAUCUAAUACUCAAUCUCAUAUUUAUAUGCCUGUACCAAGUUCAAUAUUUUUAUUUUUUGAAUUAAUUGAAACAUCAUUAAAUAUUACAUCAUUAAUAUUAACUAUUAUUGAUACAUUAGAACGUUUAAAGAUCUUAUUUGAAAAUCGUACCCAUUUUAUGACAUUAUAUAUGUCAUCAUUAUGUCUUAGAUCUGUUGGUAUAUUACAACGUUAUCAAAAUAUAUUAUUUACAAUGGGUGAUAUAUCAUGUCGUUUAUUUCCUACAUUAAUUGAACAAGUUAGACAAGUAAAAGAACCAACACAAUGUGGACCAUUAGAACGUUGUAUAUUAAUUUAUUUAAAUGAUUUAUUUACAUCAAAUAUUGUUAUUAAAACACGUUUUACACCAAUAUAUGGUAAAGCACAUCAAAAAGUUAAUGCAUUAUUACGUCGUAUUGAUCCAAAUGAUGGUAUAGGACAAUUUGAUCCAGAUUAUGCUAAUGAUUUAAUAACAAUAACAUCAAUGGAUAAUGUUACAUCAUUUCGUGCAUAUGCUGAUGAUUUACGUAAUAAACCUGAUUCACGUUAUAGUUUUGUAUGUAAAGCAAUUAUAUGGAUAUGUCAAGCUAAAACAAUUGAACAUGUUAAUUAUUUAUGUGGUUUAUGCGCUGAAUUAACAUCACAAUGUAGUGAAUUAACAUCGGAAUGGCUUGGAGCAUUCUAUGCUAUAUUAGCACCACAUUCUUAUGUACAUGGUUAUAGUCCAUUAAUUAAUACUAUUGAUCCAAGUCAAAUAUGGAUAUAUGAUAAUUUAAGUUCUUUAAUUGGUACAUUAUUAUCACGUUAUUGUUUUACUAUAUCAGAUUUUUUACGUUUAGUUAUAUGUCCAGCAAUGGCUCAAGGUUUAGAUAAUGUUACACAACCAGUUAGUGUACAAUUAAAAUCAAUUAUCUCUUUAGCUUGUCAUAUUUUACAUUGUUUAUUUACUGCUGAAUCAACAGUUAGUUCAUUACAAACAACUUCUAAUGUAUUAACACCAAAUCCUGAUAUGAAUUUAUCAAAUACUACUACUACUACUACUAAUACUACUGAUAACUUAUCAAAUUCACCAACAUCUCCACCUUUUCGUAUCUCAGAACCAUUAUUAUUAACUGCUGCUUUACAAAAAGUUACUUCAGAAUUUCUUGUUGAUGUUUUAAAAAUGCUUAUUGUUCAUAGUGAUAAAGCAUCAGUUGAUAAUAAUAAUAAUAAUACUGGAUUUUGUUCACAAGAAGAUAUUAUAGACGAAACUGAUAAUGCUACAGGAAAUGAUGAUAAUAAUGAAGAUAGUGAUGCAAAUCAAGAUGAUGAUGGUGGUGAUGAAGAACAUGAUGAUGAAAAUGAUGACAAUGAUGGUGGUGGUGGUGGUGGUGGUGGUGGUGGAACAUUAAAUACACAAGAUAAUCUUGAUGAUUUAACAGAUAUUGAUUCAGAAGGAGAUAAUUCAAUCUUACGAAAUACAACACGUAAACGUACUCGAACAAUAUUACAACCACAUCAAAAAGAUAAUUAUAAUAAAUCAAAACGAUUUAAAUCUCGACAUAAUCGUCGUUUUACUAAUCGUAAAUCUAUUUCAAAAAUACAUUAUAUUAUACAAAGAUUUUUAGAACAUGAUAUAUUACCAACAACUAUGGAAUUACGUACAUUACCAUUAAAUGCAUUAACACAAUUAGUAUUACGUGAAAUAUGUACAAUAUCAUGGGUACGUGAACGUUUUUAUCAAAUGACAUCCAAUCAAUUAAUACGUGAAAAUGUAUUAAUUGAUAAAAAUUUUACACAAAGUCAAGCAAGACGUUUAUUACAUAUUAUAUAUUGGCCAUAUGAUAUAACAUGGAUUGAUAUAGCAUCAACUAAUGAAGGUUUAUCUGGUGCUAUGUGUCAUAUAUUACAUAAUUUAAAUAUAUGGACAUUAAAAUGUACACAAAUUGAAUUUCAAUUAUUAUAUUCACAAAUAUCAUUUUCACAACAAACUGAAGUACUUGGUUAUUUAGCACAAUCAAUUGUGCAUGGUUUUCAAUCACAAAUUAUUAAUUGGCUUGAUAAUAAUAAUAAUAAUACGACUGUUUCUAUGACAACUAAUAAUAAUAAUAAUAUUACUACGACGACUACAAGUAAUAAUAGUAAUACUACUACUGCUACUACUAAUAAUAGUAAUUAUAUGAAUUUUCAAGAAGGUUCAAUUGGACAUUUAAUUGAUGAUUUACCAAUUAUUGAAUUAGAUGAUAAUGAUCCAGUUUGGUUAUUUCCUGCAUUAAUUGCUAAAUUACCAAAAUCAUUAAAAGCUCAAAUUGUAAAAGUUACAUCUGAGAUCUUAAAAGGUAUCAAAAAUUUUUGGAAACAUAAAAAUGAUGAAGAUAAAGAAAGUAUUUUAUUACAUCAUUCUAUUUUAUUAACUCAUCCAACAUUUUUUUCAUUAUUACAAAUAUGUUUACCAGAUUCAGAUUUUAUCAUUGAAUCAUUAUAUGAACAAAUUGAAUAUUUCUUAUUGAAUUCACGUCAUUUAAUUGAUCAUGUACCGGAAAAUUUACAUACCCGUCAAAUUAUACAAAAUUGUUUAAAAUAUCGUUUAAUAUUAAUUGGACAAAAAUUUCAUAUUAUACAAUUAGAUAUUGAUAUGACUAUACGUUGGAUCACUCUACUAACUCAAUUAAUUAGUUAUGGAAUAAUAGAACCAGAAUCUAAUUCUAUUUUAUUUUAUAUAGUUUAUGAUAUGUUACAACUAUUAAUUCAUACAUUGACAGCACGUACUGGUAUUGAAGGGAAACAUUAUCAAAUGAUUGCAAAAAAAUUACGUCGUGAAUUAUUAGAACAUCCAUCUAAUACUGGUAUUGAAUAUAUACGUCCAUUAUUAUUAUUAACAAAAAAUUCAUAUACAAUAUUUGUUACUGGACGUCAAGUACGUCAUCAUGGAUCACGUGGUGGAUUAUUAAAUAUGAAUAGUGGGACACUUAGUACUAGUAGUAGUAGUGGUGGUGGUAGUGGUGGUGGUACUGGAUCUAGUGGAAGUGGUAGUGGUAUUGGUUCAAGUGGUAUUAAUAAUAAUAAUAAUAAUAGUAAUAAAUUAAGUAAUUCAAAAGGUUCAGGUAAAGCUGGAAAUUGUUUAUUAACUGGUGCAUCAAGAUUUCUUACUUCUUCAUCAUCAUCUAAUUCUAUACUACAAUCGAGUAGUGUUGGUCAAUUUAAAAGGCAUGGAUAUCAAUUAUUAGGUAAAGAACGUUUUAAUCCAUGGGAAAUUUAUGAUCCAAGUAAACAACCAUUAUUAUUAUCUAUUCAUGGUGCUAUAAAUACAGAAUCUAUAUUGUCACGUAUUGAAGAACAAGCAAAUCGUUUAAUACGUCAUGAUCAUUUUCAUAGAAUGUAUCGUCCACCAGAAUUUUAUAUGAUACCAAUUUAUCCACAGACAUUUGAUGAAGAUAUAUCAAUGAAUCAUGUUAAACUAUCUGAUGUUGGUGAACAUGAUCAUCCUGAUAUUAUUAAAAUGAUAAAAACAGAAAAUUCCAAUAAUAAUAAUGAUACUACUAAUAGUAUUACUAACAACACUUCUAUAAGUAGUAUAUACAACAAAAAUCAUAACAGUAAUUCUAUGGAUGUAAUGAGAGAGUCUCAAAUAUUAUCGUUAAAUGAUAUGACACAAUUAUCUGAGACAAAUUUAUCUGAAUGUUCAAAUCAAUUUCUAUCGAUCAAUGGUAGUAAUAAUAAUAAUAAUGAUAUUAAUAUUAGAAGUGGGGACUCGAACAGUAAUUAUCUUCAAUCUACCAGUGGUGUAUUAUAUGAUCAGAAACAUAAUAUCUCUUCUAUAUCAUGUCAUUCUACAAAUAAUUUAAUGUUUAAUGAGUCGAAUUCAUCAAUAAAAUCUGUUAAUCAAAUUGAUUGUGGUAAUACUAAUAUAAUGAUGUCAAUGAUGAUGAUGACAUCUUCUGGGUCAACAACCGUUGAUACUGCAACGAAUAAUAGUAAUAGUAUGCAAAUUGGACGUGGGAAAUUGUUGAAUACCAGAAAUGAUAUUGAAAUAAAUGAUAAAUUAUCAUUGAAUAAUCGCAUUAAUGCUUUUCAAUCAUCCUCAUCGGGAUCAUUAGGAGGAGGAACUGUUGGUAGUGGUAUUGGUGUUGUAUCGUCUUCGACAUCUUCAUUACAAAUUCACUCACAUCCACAACAAAUUCAUGGGCAUCAUCAUCAUCAUCAUCAACAACAACAACAGAUACAUUUAAAUUCAGAUCAGGCAUAUAAUAAUUCAACGCGUAAAUUACCAUCUCAACAAACUGUUUUGAAUGAUUAUUCGAAUCCGAAUGAAUUAGAUCAACGACCUAUGAAUAAUGUGAAUCAUUGUGUAACAUUAGCAGGACAUAUGAAUACAAUCACAUAUCCUCUCAGUCAUCAUCAUAAUCAUCAAAUGGAUGUUAAUUUGCAUAAAACUAAUAAAUUAUUAGGUAUGGAAUAUAAUGACAGAUUGAUUGCAUCUCAGUCAUCAACAUCAUCUCAACAACAAAUUCAACUUAAUCCAACAGGAACAUCUUCAAUACCACCGCCUUCAAAUAAUGCUACUAUGCUAUCAACACCGAUGAAUAACAGUGUCGUCGCUGGCCAUGUAUUGACAUCAGCGAAAACAGCAACAACAACGACAAAACGUAAACGAGGAUCAGGACGUCGUGGUGGUGGGGGUAAUAUAACAUCAGAUCGAAAUUCUAUACGUCCUAGUGGUGCAACUACUCGUGGUGGUAUGCAUACCACUGGUUCAGUGAAUGUCGUAGGCUAUGAAAGGAUGAAUAAUAAUAGUACUAAUAAUAGUUCCGUAAAUUUAUACUCUUAUAAUAUUAUAAAUCCGGAACAACAAAUCAAUGAAUCCAAUCACCAAUGGACAAACAAACAAAAUGUUUAUAAUAUGAAUUUACUUGAAAUGCAACAACAACAACAACAACCGCCAUCAUCCACUCGUGGACAUCAUCAGCAACAACAUUUGGCUAAUUUAAGCGGUUUCUUGCGUAAUCGUGCCCAGCAGCACCAUCAACAACAACAACAACAACAACAACAACAACAACAACUUCAUCCUGAGCAGUCGUAUGGAUCAAGUUUUAAUGCAAACAACCCUGUUGUUUUGUCACAUCAAGGUCAUGUGUUUGACCAAUCACAACUGAGUAGCCAAUUUAACCAAUCUAAUACUCAUCUGGUUGAUAGUCCAUCUGGCUCAUUAAGACGGCAUUUAACAACAAGUGGAGGUGGGGGUGGCAAUGUUGCUCGAUCUAUGCAACAGUCAUCUCAACAACAAUCUCAUCAAAUUCUCAGUCAUCCUACUGGAACACCCCAACAACUUCCACCUGGUAUGCCAAAUCCACCACCUUAUCCAAUAUCUAAUCAUCAAUCUCAACAAUAUUCAUUUCGUGCUCCUCCAUCUGAUGAAGCUAAUUAUAUGAUGAAUACAAAUGAAUCAAGUAUUGAUGAGCAAUUUAAACGACAGUCGAUAAAUCCUGUCAUGAAUUCUAUUCAUCAAUCUGGUACAACAAUAAUGUCACGUUCAUCGACUUAUGAAUCUCCAGCUAGUCAUCUACAAACUGAUGUUCCAUCACAACAACAACAUAUGUCUUAUAUACCGUCACAAGUUGAUACACCAUUAAAUCAAUCUAGAAUUCAUUCUCGUAUUAUUAACCAAUCUCAAUCUAAUCAAAUGAUUCGAUCUGAUAUAACACCAACAACAGUAAUAAAUACUGGUAAUAAUAAUCAACCAUCUCAUAUGUCAAAUCUACCUCACUCAUCAUAUUCACGUUAUACUGGUUACUAAUACUGUUAUUUUGUUUCUCUCCUUAUAUGUGUGUGUAUGUAUGUAUGUAUGAGUGUAUUGUCUAUUCUGUGAUUAUUCUAUGUUAUCCCUUCUUGUUUGUACAGUUAUAUAACUAGAUAUUUAUUUGCAUAUGUCGAAGGGAUAAUGUCGAUUGGUGACUAUUAUUAUUCUAAUUAUGAACGGGGGGGGGUGUUGUUGUUGUUGUUUUGCCUUGUAAAAAAGAACACAGUUACUUUUUCAUCUUAUUUAUAAUUGUCAUUAUAUUUUCUUUUCAUCGACGGGAUGUAAAUGGAAUGCAAAUGUUACUGAUGUAUGUUAAUACUAUUAUUACUAUUAUCUUAAUAAUAUUUAAAUAUUAGAGAAUAUAAAAGAAGUGAGCUUAAUGAUCUUCAACAUGUUCAUUUUUUUUCUUCUUAAAAAGAUUAGUAGUUUGGUUUACAGAAAA